AUGAGCACAAAUACAAAUGAUAUCGAUGUGACUCUUGUUGAUUAUUUUGCCGUUGCCGGUUACGAUCCAGAUAUAGGACUUGUGGUUGACACCAAAUAUGAUCCAUGCCACACACCAGGUGAAUCACCUGGAAGUUCUUCUUCGGCAUUUCGACCACCGCUUCAACGAUCUUUUGUGGCCAGAAUAAUUCAUCAUUUUCCUCAACGAAGGCCUGGAAAUCCAUUUUCUGAUGAUAUUCUCCACUUAUGCAUGCCAAGAGGACUUCGAUUUUAUACGGAGAAAGAUGUUCCUAAAAAGCCGAUGGUUCACACAUUUGCAAAUAUAAAAGAAGAUGGUUCUCGCAUCAAUGGUACUGCCAUCACAUUCUAUGAAGAGGUGAAAGAUGUAGCGAUUUGUGAAGCAAUGGCUCAAUUACAACAAGAUCAUGUGAGAGAAAUAACUGCAAGGCACAAUGGAAUCGUGGAGAAACAUCAGAGGGUACACCAUCCACCAGGAACUGUUUCAGGAGGAACACAUACCUUGCCGAGAAAUCGACGAGAUCGAACGAAACGAAUCUCAUAUUAUGAAGGUGGAGGACAUAAUUCACUUUUUAUGUCUCGCACAAUUUGUGUGCUCUCCCGUCUCCCUCUUGUUAAUUCAACAAGUGCCCUUCUCACUGCUUUUCAUAAAAUAAUCGCGUCUCCGACAUCACCUCAUCUUCCUCUUGAAUCUUACAUUUACUGGUGUCUUUAUGAAGUUCCUCUACCAUCUCCUAGUAUGACUCUCAAGAUUCCACUUCUAGACACAACACUGGUUGUUCAACGUCCCGGUCCGAAGGAACUCCCGUUUUUCGAUGAUUCAAUAGGAAGUAUUUUCGAUUAUCUUCCUGUUGAAAAGUUUAUUCGUCUCUUCUCUUGUUUUCUUCUGGAACAUCAAAUUCUUCUGUGCUCGAAGGAUCUUUCUCGUCUGAUGACAGUUUGCGAGUCUCUUUUAGCUUUAUCUUUUCCAUUUCGAUGGCAAAUGACCUACGCUCCAGUUCUUCCGUACUCGAAACUUGACUUUUUCGAAGCUCCAGUCCCGUACGUAAUGGGAUGGUAUUAUGAAGAUACUGUACCGGAAGAGUUGUUUCAAAGCAAUGUUUGUGUUGUUGAUUUGGAUACGGGACGAUCAGAACUUCCUGAAGAUGUUCCUGUGUUUCCUGGUGCCCGCCAGUUGGCCAAUGAUAUUAAAAAUGCGAUAGAUAGGCUAGCUGGUGCCGAAAAGAUGUUAACCUCCGCGACUACAGUACGUGGAGAGCUUGAAGAUAUAGCAGAAGGAGGUGUUAAAAUGAGAAAAAAGAACAAGCGACCAGAAGAUUGGGCUGCGAAACGAAUGAGUAGAUCGUUCGACUUGGAAGAUGGAAGUGCAAUGAGUGAAGAGCUCAGUGAAUUAGGAAUGAUUCGUCGUCCUUCUCGAACUGGGCUUCAACCUCUUCCUCUAGAAAAUGUGCUCAGAAACAAUUCGACACUUGCAAGAGUUGCUGAAAUUGCUCGGAGAGCUGGUGUUGUUGUGGAUGUUGGAAAUAUUGAGACAGAAUUCGCCGGGGCUCAAAAUCUCGAUUCUCCAGUUGCCAGGCACUAUUUUGUGGAUGCCAAAGUUAACAAUGCAAUUCGAGAAUGUGUUCUCAAUCGUUUCGUCGAAAUGUUCUAUUCCUACGAGCACUUUGUCAUUGGAGGUCAAGGAUGUGAUGAUCGAGACGCUUAUGAAGCUAAUCGCGAGAGUAUGGCCAGUUUCGAUAAAGCCUCAUUCCUCUCUGAUCAACCAGACAGCCAUCUGGCAUUCCUUGCUGCAUUUCUGGAAACACAAAUGUUUACAACUUUCAUCGACUCGAAAAUCCUUUCUCAAUGGGAAACACCAGAUGAAGGGGUUGUUCUUUUCGAUAAUCGAAUUUCCGUCAUGCGAGAUCUGCUCGGAGUUUCAAUUGUUCGUACACCAACUUAUGAAGCAACUCCUCUUUUUGCUGCCACUGAAGAUUUGAUUUCAAAACGAGAGGAGACGACAGACUACGUGGUUCCUGCACCUCAUUCGCUUGCUGGAGCAUUCCCUGUUCGAUACGAAGGGGCUUGGCCAGUUCAUCAAUUGAAUACAACUCUGCUUGAUGGAGCAAAUCUCAUCAGUCCUGCUCCAUCGCCUUGGCGUCAGAGAUAUCCGAGAUUACGUUCACAAAAGGACAAUUCAAAUGGAAACUCAGGAUCACAGUCGGCUCGACCAACGAGUGUUUAUGGAGGUGCAGGAUUGAUGCAAGUAGAAUCAAGUCAGCAGAUCGCACAACAGCAAUAUGCAUUCGUACAACAACUACUGAAAGAGACUAAAGCCAAGACAAAAAGAAUGCUCGUGGAUAAAAUGGGAAAGGAAGCAGUGAAUUGUGGUCACCUGGAUCCAACUUUCUCUGGAGUGGAAGAAAACACGCUCGUCGCUUCAUUUUGUGAUCUUUUAGAGAGAAUUUGGGCACAUGAGUUGAAGAACAAACAUGGUAAAUCCUCACUCUGGAAUUUCGUGCUUCAGCAUCAGGAUUUCGAAAAGCCGGGAUUAACAACAAGAGCAUCGUCUACCUCAAUGCUCACUCCAGAAAUACGCGGAAGCCGCGCCCCAUCCCUUCCUCCUGUACCUCCUCACAAUCGUCGUGGUGUUCCAAUAGACGAAGUUCCAGCUCCGAUUAUAUUAUCUCCUCAGAACAAUACAGAUGUGCUCACUGCUAUCAGUGAUAUUGUCGAUUCAUUUCGUGGAGCACAAGAAGAACCAUGGAGUAAAUCACUGCUUCGUGCUGCCACCUCAAUCGUUGAGAAAUACAAAAAUGGAGAGAAGGAUUCAAAUGGAAAUCCAUUAGAAAACAACUCAAGUCUACCCCGGUCGUCUCGUUAUCCAAUCCCUCACCCGUCAAUUGUGAGAGCUCGAAAUCAAUCUGUUGAGCCAUCUGGUGUACCAUCUGGAAAGACUAUGAAGAAAUCAACUAGUAUUGGUGAUUUCACGAAUCCUUCAUGGAAUGGAUCUCAAACCGACGUAUCAAAUCUUGGUGGAUAUGCGAGUGUUGAGGGAUCACCGCGAAAAGUUCGAUCGCAAAGUCGAGCUAGAAGUCCAGACGGUGCAAGAGUCGUUUUAUCGCCUCUUCCUACUCAUGUCGCCUAUGAUUUGAAAAAUGUGCUCCGGAUGACUGAAAUCAAAACAGACAUUGGAUAUGCUCGUGCUUUUGUUCGUCUAGCGCUCGAACGGAAACUUCUGCAUAAACAUUUGGGAGCGUUGCUGAGCAAUUCGCGGGUUUUGAGAGAGCUUUACAAACCAUACGCUUUUGUUGGCACUGAUGAGGAGAAAGAGCAGUUCCUGUACUAUAUACUAACUCUGAAUGCAGCUCAAUUCAGAUGCUUCACGAACACUUUCACCAAAACAAAAAUGGACUAUCAAGUAGUAAUAGUAACAGGAUCUGGUCGUGGAGCUAUUCCAGCCAUUUGGGUUACUGUAGAAGGAAGUCUAAGCUCAACACCACCAAUAAUGCUCAAACCGAAUACUCCAUUGUUCAAAUUUGAUCACAAAAACCUUGGAACAUUAUCAACACUACGAAUCGGUCAUCAGCAAAGUGAAAAACCGGUGCAAUGGUUCCUUGAAUACGUUCUGGUUCGAAAUGAGAUAACUGGACAAACAUACAAGUUCCCAUGCUCAAAGAAGUUUGGAGAGGAUCGAUGGUUUGGGAAUGGAGAAGAUAUAACUCUCGAACGAAUGCUUGUCGCGGAACCAUUCAUAGAAUAUGAUGGAAAUGAUAACGGAGUUAUUGAUCGAGAAGAGCCAUGCUCACCAGCAAGGACCCGUCGGAUGAGUUCUAGAAGUCAGACACCACAGAGAGAUCGAAGUCCUUCUAAUGGUCGAUUGUCUGAAUCUGGUUCUCGUAAUAGAAAAACAAAAGUCAGUGAAGUUGAGCACAUUCUUGUUGAAGCAGUGAAUGCUCUCGUCAAGUAUUUCUGCUCAGAACGAAAAGUAAAGAGCGAGUUAGCUCACUUGCUUUGCGGACAGAAUGGACUUGUAUUGGCGAUCGAACAAGCAUUUCAACUCGGUAGACAAGAAUCCCUUUUGAAGUAUUUCAGAAACACUUGCCCUUGGGAUUAUAUUGAACGAGUAUGUUCCUGGUUCUUCGAAUUGUGCCGUAAAAAGGAAGUCGAUAAAUUGCCCAAAGAGCAGAAAACUAUGAUCCAUCAUACAUUGAGAUUAUAUCGAAAAAUCGACGCAAAGACUUCACUUGGCAAAGACGGAAAAUUCCACGUGUUUGUGCUUCUCUCCAUCAGAGAUCAUAUACUUCCCGGACUUCUUCCACUCAUGCGUUAUUCUCCAGUCACAGCUGACAUGUACAAUGAACCGUCGUUCCUCCGAACCCCUGCUCAUAUGACUUAUUUUGCCAAAUUGAUGUAUUCUUUAUCCGAGUAUAACAUUAUUAUUGACCCGAGUCUCACCUAUGGAAUAUCCUAA